AUGACGGCUCUCUGCGGCACGGCGCCGGCCGCCCGCCAUGCUCACAUGUCGGGCUGCGCAGCGGGGCUGCGGCGCUCGCAGCUCGGCGCCGGCGCAGGCCACGCGGCGGGGUCGCUACCCCUGCGGCGGGUACCCCGGCCCGCGCGGCCGGCGUGGCGCGCCAAGCCCGUCCAGGCCGUCGCGGUGCCGCUCGGCGGCGGGCUCACGGGCAACGGCGACCGCUACUACCGGGGCAAGCAGGCCGCGAAGCGGAAUUUCGCCGCCAAGGUCGCCUCUCUCUUGACAGGACUAGCAAAGGCGGCGCUCGCAGCCGGCGCAGUGGCCGCCGCGGCCUGGACGUGCUCGACGUACCCCGCGGUGUCCGCGCUGGUGGCGUUCCAGCUCUUCUCGGCCGUCGGGACCGCCGCGGCGCUCGUCGCGAAGCUCGUCCUCUCCGUCGUGGGCCUCAUGUACGCGGGCGUCAUCACGUUCGGCGUGGCGAACCGGCUCCCGCUCCCGUGGUUCGUGCUCUUCUCGCCGCCCUCGAUGCUCGUCCUCGCCUACCUCACCGUGAAGGAGACGUGGAGAGGUCUCAGGCAGGACAUCAUCGCGGACGUCAAGCAGGCCAUGGAGGAGGCGGACGAGUGA